AUGGCAGGCCCCUUGGUGCGAAUAGGACCCAACGAAGUCUCCUUCUACUCCGUAGAUAUAUACGACACGAUACACAAGAUCAAUAGUGGUUUUGCGAAGGAUCCUCGUACAUAUGGAGAGUUUGUUCAAGAUGGGCAUCCCGCUCUUUUCUCUAUCACGGACCCAGAAGAGCACUCAAAACGGCGGAGGAUCCUUGGUCAGCUGUUCAGUCGAACCAACAUCGCAAAGCUCGAAGGACUGAUGUUGCACCACAUUAACGCAUUCGUCGAUGCGGUCGGCCAGAAGCAAGGUCCUAUUGACGUCGGCCCUGCUUGUAGGGCACUGGAAGCCGAUAUUAUUUCUGGAUUCUCGUUUGGCGAAGCCGUGAACGCUGUUGCCGCUUGGGCGCGGGGAGAGGAGUUGGCAUUUGUAGCCAACAACGACAGAAAAGCGACAUUCAUGCCUCUACUUAUGAAUUUCCCAGAGCUGUAUGAACUCUGGACCCGUAUCGAAGACUUCUUGUGCCGAGUGCGCGGGUCAAAAGUCUCGUACAAGCAAGGGCUCCAACAAUACGACGAGUGGACUCUCAAGGCAUGGGUUGGGAACAAGGACCCCGACAAGAAGUCACCUUUUCCGAAUCUGAUCAAGGUCAUGAUUUCAGCCGGCGUCCCGACACAAACUGCAUUGUCCGAGGCAAAAGAGAACCUUGGACCAGGAACGGAUACCACUUCAGCUUCCUUAGCGCACAUUCUUUACGCCCUCUCAAGAAACCCGGUAUACCAACAGAAGCUAUAUGAGGACAUCGCCGCACUGGGAUUUCCUACCGACAUGAGCUCCCUAGUGAACAUUCCUCGUCUAAGAGCCUGCGUGAAGGAGGGAAUCCGCUGGGCUGGCGCAGCAGCAGCUAUGUUGCCUCGCGUGGUCCCACGAGGCGGCGUUGAGCUGUGUGGAAAAUUCAUCCCUGAAGGAACUGUUUUGACUUCGUCACCAAUCUGGUACCUCAGAGACAAAUAUGCGUACCCAAACCCUAAGCUGUUCGACCCAUACCGCUGGAUCGACAACAAUGGAAAUGCCAGCUCGGAAAACUCCAUCAGAGACAAGUUCUACUUUCCAUUUUCCAAAGGAGCCAAUGUCUGCAUUGGCAAUCAGUAA